AUUGACGACGCAUGGGAAGCGUGCCCUAAUACAUUUCUAAUGGAGUUUCCCAUCUUCUCAAAAGUAUUGUAACGACCCUGUGGUAUUCAGCGCGGAUAUGGACUCUGCCGCUUGAGCAUGCUUUUGGGGCACAGACGAUAGCGCGCUUGAUUUCGGACUAGAAGGUUGAGGGUUCGAGACCUGCUCCUUACUGUUUCAUUACAUUGGUGUCAGGUGUCAGACGUUGCUUGCUCCAUUGCACUUCUCACAUGAUCUUGCGUGACAUCAAUUUUCUACACGAGACCGUGCUCGGGACACUCUUUACACAACACUUUGAUAGGAAGUGAUUUUUUCAGCAUUGGAAGGAUAGCAUUUUCGCUAACCCUAAACCUUUUCCUAAACUUAACGCCAGUCUCCUAAACUUCUACAUUAAUUAUCCUAACCUUCCUCUUAAAUUCUCCUAACCUGCUACGAAAAAGUCAGACAUAAUUUACAAACAAUGCAUUUGUGUUUAGUAAAUCCGCCAGAUCAGAUAGAAGGGAUGACCUAAUAAGUGCCUGAAUUUGACAAUUUUCCUGUCCUGUUAAGUACUUUUGGGUGUCAGGAAAACUAAGGAGUAAAAAGUACAUACUUUUCUUUAGGAAUGUAGUGAAGUAAAAGUUGUCAAAAAUAUAAAUAAACUACUUAAGUAGUACUUUAAAGUACUUUUUACUUAAGUACUUUACACCAUUUGCGUGAGACUCAGCUGUUGCAGGAAAACAAUUUCACACUUUCAUUAUUGUUGGCUACUACCAGAGAAAGCGAGACAUCCACACAUUUUUUCAGUUCAGAGCGUGGCUAUUCUGGUCUACUUAUUGCCCCUGCCACCUUGAAGGGCUGCCCAAUAUCUCACUGGCUAUUUUUUUCUGAUCAGGUGGGGAGAGCUGGGAAAGGAAAAUAAAUAGACCAUAACCAUUGGUCUUACACGGUAAAGCAAGCUCACGUGAGAGAGGGAACGCCUACUUACACAGACAGGAACCGUGAAAUGUUUUCCAAAGGUUACUGUAGCGGGGUUUUACAUCGAUCCACAAGAACAAAAGAACAAAACACAGCGUAAACAUGAAAUCUUUGGCGCUUGUUGUCCUCCUGUGCCUUGGCUGCGGUCUGAUGUCUUCCUCAUUCGUACUUGCGUCACCGCAUAUGUGGAGUAAAUUGAUCCUGACUCAACACUGGCCAAGCACAUUUUGCAGUAUGGAACACUGUGAUCCCAAAUUUGACUACUGGACUUUGCAUGGACUGUGGCCAGAUAAAGGCCAGGAAUGCAAUUCAUCUUGGCACUUCAAUGUAACUCUAAUCCAGGACCUACUUCCAGAUAUGCAGAAGUGGUGGCCGGAUCUUAUAACUCCAGCAUCCUCUGAAUUCUGGCAAUAUGAAUGGCAAAAACAUGGAACGUGUGCUGCAAAAGCAGAGUCCCUAAACAGUCAACACAAAUACUUUGGCAAAGUCCUGGAGCUGUAUCACACCUUAGACCUUGACGGAGUGAUGAAGAAAUUUAACAUUGUGCCCUCGGAGACGUACUACACUUUUGACCACAUCGAAGGAAUCAUUCUCAACUUCUACAGUGUGAAACCAAAGAUUCAGUGUAUUCAUCCAAAGGGUGGGAAGGUGCAAAUCUUGGGCCAGAUCGAGAUCUGCUUCAACUCAGACUUCCAACUUACCAACUGUGAGCAUUCUGAGACAGACACUCUGAGACUAAUUGACUUCCUCAAUGUUAAAGGUACAGAGUUUAGUGUAUGUGACCAUGCCACACCUGUCUACUACCCUCCCCUUAAGGGGAAGCCAUCAAUGUAGUGGCUAGUGAGGUCUGGUUACUCUAUAAUAAGUUAUAUCUCACAUGGAACACACUCUUCGAAAUAAGGGUUCUUCGGCUGUCUCAUAGGAGAAACCUUUUUGGUUCCAGGUAGAACCCUCUGUAGAAAGGGUUCUACAUGGAACUCAAAAGGGUUCUACCUGCAACCAAAAAUAGUUAUUCAAAGGGUUCUACUAUGGGGACAGCUGAAGAACCCUUUAAGGUUCUAGAUAGCACUUUUUUUCCUGAGAGUGUAGAUACAAGAUUCUACUAAGUGUGAGUUAGCUCAGAAAUACUAUUCUAAAGUACUAAAAACACAACUGUUUCCAAAUUAAUUUGUCUACAACUAUUUUCAUGUGUUUUCUGUGUUCUGCUUGAUUCUUAGAAGCAGGUUGAUCAUGUUUUAACUCAGGGAAUAAAUCAGCUUUUAAUGAUAACAUUCCUGAAGGCCUAUACUUCCUAUAUAAUGUUUUAUAAAUCAUUUAUAUGCAAAUGGCAUACUAAGAGUGAUAUGAGGUCCUUUAAAUCUUGUUCUUUGCCAAAUGUGUCAUACAAAUAUAUAAAACAUGUUUUAUUGUCACAUACAACAAAUAGGUACAGUGAAAUGUGUUGUUUUACAGGGUUAGCCAUCGUCAGAUAUUUCACCUUGUCGCUUCAGGUAUUUGAACCAGCGACCUUUCUGUUACUGGCCCAACGCUCUAACUGAUCAUUAUAACCCUAAUGCCACCAGUAAAAUAGUAUGAAAUUUGCUUUUAAAUGAUUAUUUAAAUUGUUUAAAGUAUGGUCCUACUUUUUGUCAAACAAAAUCUAAAGUUUAAUGCACAGUUUAUGAAGAAGUCUGUUCACUGCCUCCAUUACUCUUGAAAUAUGUUUUGAUGUUAAAAGUGUUGAGUAAUUACGAUUGUGUAUGGUGGUGGAUAAAACGCAUUGGUUUACAUUAGUAAUGCCAUCUCCAUAAUUUGAUGGAAUGAUGAUCAUGAUUUAAUCAGAUAUACUGUACUUAUUGUAUCUGAAACUGAUGUUGUUUCUGCUGUUAGAUUUAAUUUCAGUUGUGGGAUACGCUUUGGUUUUAAAUGGUGGCUUUGUUUGAUAUGGUUCCGAUCCUCUGUCAUUUUUUGCUGACAAUUAAUUAAAUACAUGUUUCUAUUGCA